AUGGCAAGAAAGAGGAAAGCUGAUUAUAUUCCUGAAGCAAAAGAAGGAAAGGAACUCACUCAACAGGAUGGAAACAUGGAUAAUAAUAACUGGGAUAUGGCUGCUGCUUUUGACGAAGGAUUAACACGAAGAACACGAAAACGGUUCGUCGGAGUCCGGCAAAGACCGUCGGGUAGAUGGGUUGCCGAGAUCAAAGAUACUAUACAGAAAAUUAGAGUUUGGUUGGGUACUUUUGAUACAGCUGAAGAAGCAGCAAGAGCUUAUGAUGAAGCUGCUUGUUUGCUUAGAGGUUCUAAUACUAGAACAAACUUUUGGCCGCAGCCGCAAAAUUCAUCUCCUUCUUCAACUCCUGCCUUGCCAACAAAAAUAUCUAAUCUUCUCAUGAUGAGACUCAAAGCUAGAAAUAAUUCUAUGCUGCUUUCUCCUAAGAAACCAUCUUUGCACCAUCUAAACCAGCAACAGAAGCAACAAGAACAAGAAGCUAAACAACGAAAUGAAUACGGAGUAGAUGAAGGACAAAAUCAUGCAGAACUGGUUUCUGAUAUCCUUAUUGAACCUACUAACGGCAGCUACAACAAUAUUACUACUGCCUAUGCUGCAAAUUCAGUGUCAAACUUCAACAAAUAUGAAAAGCAAAACUUGGAUUACCUCAGUUCUGACGAUGACAUGAAUAUUAAUGUUGAUGAGUUCUUAUAUGGUGAAGAAGGUAAUUGCGGAGAGUCGGGAUUGGAAAAGGGAAAAGAAGGAGCACAAGAAAAUAUUGACGAGUUAGGACCAUCAUCACCACCGUUGUCUUCGCCGUCACCAUCAUCUUCAUUAGUACCGGAUGAUUUCAGGUUUGUGGAUGAUGUUGGAUCGUCGUCCUCACAGGACUAUUACUUUCCCUUAUUCGAAGUUGUAGAAGAGAUAGUCGAGCCAACUGAUCACCCAAAUAACUAUGGGGAUGAACCAGCGAUGAUGCUUAGAGCACAAAUGAAAAGGAUGAAGUACGAGAGGAAAUAUUCCGCUUCUCUUUACGCCUUUAAUGGGAUUUCUGAAUGUUUAAAAUUUGGGUCAAUUACUAAUAAUGCUGCUAGUGCAACACUAAAGGAGUCAAGAAAUGGCGAAAGGUCUGGUUAUGAGGAGAAUGGCGCACAACCGUCAACAGAAAUGCUAGUACCAUCGACAUCAGCUUGGAACGACGACAAUGACGAGGAGUUAUUAGCUCUGUGGGGUUCUCUUGAUCUUCCGCCAAUAUGUUUUGUUGCUUAA